AUGGAUCGAUUUGAAGAACAACAACGAAUAUUCGUUCAGGCGUUGAAUCAAAUUGAUGAUGAGUCAUAUGAAGAUAAAGAACUAACCAACAACUUGAUGCAGCUAUAUUCAUCGGGGAAAAUACCUAGAGAUCCAGAGCCAAGAGAAGUCUUCACAAGAAGAUAUACGUACCGGGGUCGGGAUGAAUGGCACGAGAAUCUUAUGCACGAUUAUUUUCUUCCUAAAUGUGUGUUCUCUGAUGAAAAUUUCCAAGGCCGAUUCUGCAUGCCCAGACAUUUGGUGCUAAAGAUUAUUGGUGAGCUUUGUCAGGUAGAACUUCAAUUUAAUUAUCAGUAUGAUGCACUGAAUAUUAGGGGUCAUAGACCUGAACAAAAGGUUACUUCGGCUUUGAGGAUUUUAGGAUAUGGCAGACCUCCAGAUUCUAAUGAUGAGUACCUUCGCAUUGGCAAAACAACUGCAUACAAUCUCCCGGGAUCUCAAAACGAUAUAAAUGUUUUACACAAAUCGCCUUUAUUUGAAGAUCUAAAGUAUGGAAUUUCUCCUCAGGUAAAUUUCAGUAUCAACGGGAAUCACUACACUCAUGGUUAUUAUCUUGCAGAUGGAAUUUAUCCAAAAUGGUCAACUUUAGUUCAAUGUUACCGUCAGCCACCUGCGGGUGAAAUGGGUCGUUCAUACUCGUAUUUCAAUAGUAAACAAAUGAAUAUGAGAAUGGAUGUGGAGAGGGCUUUUGGAAUUCUGAAGCGGAACUUCUCAAUCGUUUGUGGGCCUUAUCGUGGUUUAAGUGCUCGUGAAGUGCAUAAGACUAUGCUGACUUGCAUCGUUAUGCAUAACAUGGUUAUCCAGGAGACUCGUCGUAAUAAGAAUUGGACUAACCAUCAAGAUGAGGACUUAAGGCUUGAGAUUAUACGAGCUAGAGGAUUACCUGCAAGGAACUAUGCACAAAUGACCAGUCAUAUUGAGAACAAAAAUCUGUAUAACAGGUUGAGGGAAGAUCUCAGAGCGAAUCUGUGGAUUGAGUUUGGAAGAGAUGUGGGACGAAUUCAGUAG